AUGAGGAAGAAAGAUGACCGUCUGGACUGGAUGUACCAGGGUCCAGCGGGACAGGUCUCUCGGGAAGAGUACCUCCUUGGUCGCCCCAUUGACAUGCAGAUCACCCAGCAGUAUGAGGAACCAGAGAGUGGUCCAUCUGCUCAGACUGGCCUCCUGCCUGGCUCCAUAUUCAACCCGACAAGUUCUGUUUCUACUAAUGAUAUGGCUGCCAAGAUAAGAGAGGACCCACUCUUUGAGAUCCGCAAACGAAAGGAGGAGAAAAAGAGAGGUGUUCUUACAAAUCCUGUUAAAAUGAGAAGAAUGGAGAAGAGACCCAAAGCCCCCAGCCCACCAAGACACAGGGACCGUUAUCAAAGAUCACACAAUACUAAUUACAGCAAUGACGUGAAGCUAGAAAGUGCUGCCACUUGCUCUCUGGAGGACCGUGUGAAGAGAAACAUUUACACCAUUCAGAGGAUCCCCGCUGCUCUGGAGAAGAACUUCAUGAGGAGAUGA